AUGGAGAUAGAUUUUGUCAAAAAGAAGGAGUCUACCACAAGCAUUGCGUCUAUAAAAUGCAAGAUUAAGCGUCUUAAAAUUCCAGCUAUGGCAUUGAACUCUUGUGCUAAACUUUCCAUUAUAACACCUGAUAUUGUUAAGCAUGUAAAAUAUGAAAUUAACAAAUCUAUAAAACAUAAUCUUAAUGGUAUUGCUAUUGUGCCAGUUGAAUCUAUUGAA